GUUUGUGGGACAGAACUGUAAUUACGAAGAGUCUCCAGAAGAGGGCGCUCCAGUACUACUAUAGAACAUGAUGAGUCACCGGCAACAACAAAUGUUCCACGAAGAAGAAGAGAUGGUCAUGUAAUGGCAACAUAACGAAGCUUCCAGAAGCGACAGGAACCCUGGUGACAGAGAUGAACGCUCCCUGUUUAGCAUCCGCCGCCGCCCGAAGUUUCUGCCUGCCGGGCCCCGCAGCCGGACUGUUCUGCUGGCGGCUUUUGGGCUCCAGCUCGACCCACAGAAGAACUAUGUCCUCUAAAAGACAAAUAGACCACCUAGAAAGAACAUCGAAUAACUACAGACAAAACGCUCUGUAUCCAGCUCAAGUGUGUGGAAUUACAAGUGAGUCAGAGACAGUGAAAAGACUGAGAAUAGCCGUCCCACCAGACUUUGUCUUCAAAGCAGGACAGUGGGUGGACUUCUUCAUUCCCGGCGUGGAGAAGGUUGGAGGGUUUUCCAUGUGCUCCAGUCCUGCUCUACUGCAGAGGGAGGGGGUUAUUGAACUGGCUGUCAAAUACACUAAACACCCCCCAGCACACUGGGUCCACUCUACGUGUACUGUAGGUUCCCGCGUGGCAGUGCGUGUCGGAGGAAACUUCUACUUUGACCCGUCACCGUCUGACCCUCCCGUGGAUCUGCUGCUGGUGGCUGGUGGUGUAGGAAUCAACCCUCUUUACUCCAUACUGUUGCACGCCAAAGAUCUGCUGCAUCUGAACCAGGCGUCAGGCGGUGGGGGCGGCAACAUCAGCUCUGCUCACCUCUGCUACAGUGCCAAGAACACACAGGAGCUGCUCUUCAAGAGCUCCAUCAUUGAGGCAUGCAGAGAAUUUCCCGACAAGAUCUCCUGCAACUUCCACGUCACGCAACAGAGCGCCGACGUGGACGCACACCUUCAGCCAUUCAUCAAAAGUGGAAGGAUCACAGAGGAGGAGCUUGAAGCUUCCGUGGACUCACAAAGGACUUUGUGUUAUUUGUGUGGACCCCCACCCAUGAUCGAGGCCAUUUCAGAAACCCUCACAGAGCUCGGACUCCCGAAAAAACGGAUCCUGUACGAGAAGUGGUGGUAGAGGGGCGUGGUUUAGCUCUUUAAAUCGUCAGGAUGUUUAAGAAAAAGGAGAGAACGUCACCGCUGUGAGACCCUGCCCCCAAAUACUUCACUUUUGUUAAGCUAACAGGAAGGUAUCUGCUAUCUCAGAACCUUGUGGAAAUGAAUGUUGGAAAAAUCUAAUCUUGACAGGAAUAUUUGAUUUGUUUGCUGCUACACAUUCAGACUGAAGAUAAUCCAAAAGUUUCCAUGUUUUUAUGAAGGAAAACAUUAGAAAAAUGACACAUUUUCCCCCUAAUUCCUCCGUUUUGAGCCGACUCGUUAGAAUCUGUUACAUGAACACACGGUGCUCGUCUUCUGUACAGCUUGUUUGUUACACCAACCCACAUUCCAACAAACAGCUUCUCAUCCCGGGGUGGAGCAAGUAUCCCACGGUGCCCUGUAAUGGAACCUCCAGGAGGUCUCUGAUUGGCUCGGAUCACCGAACAUCCCUCAGAGACGACUGCCAGCUCCACGCCGUCUCCUCUCGGCGGGCGCUUCGCCGAUGAGUCGCGUCUCAUCAUUUCGUCCUGUGAUGAAAACUCUUCCUGAUAGCAACAGGAAAUUGAAAUAAACGCUCAGACAACCUCUUU